AUGGCUGCUCAAGCACCGCCUCAGGGCAAAAUCCACUUGAAGACCAGCUUCAAAUCUACACAGACUAUCGAGUCUAUCUACACCGGAGGCAAGGUCUGCAUAUCUGAAGACGAGCAGUAUCUCAUUACUACAGUGGGCGAGGAUAUUGAUGUGAUUGAGAUCAAGACGGGAAAGAAGCUGUGGAGACUUAAGGGAGACACAGAGAUCAUUACUACCUUUGCAGUGACACCCGAUGGCAAAACCCUUGUCAGCGCCAGCAGGAGUCUUUUGCUCAAGACGUGGGAUCUUCGCACAGGAACACUCACCCGCAGCCUGAAGGCUCAUGAGGCGCCCAUUAUUGUCAUGGCCAUCGAUCCAACCUCAACACUAGUGGCUACUGGAUCGGCCGACAGCACCGUUAAGGUCUGGGAUAUUGCAGGAGGAUUCUGUACACACAACUUCAAGGGACAUGGAGGCGUUAUCUCUGCCGUACUCUUCCACCCUGAUCAGUCCAGAUGGUGGCUGUGCUCAGGAGCUGAUGACUGCACAGUGCGUGUCUGGAAUCUUAAGACUAGGAAGCCAGUCGCGGUGCUGGAGUCUCAUGUUUCAGUGAUUCGCGGAUUGGCCGUCUCCAACUCGGGCAACACAUUGAUCAGUGGAUCUCGCGAUAAGGUCGUCAAUGUCUGGGAUUUGAGCACCAUGAAACUCGCCACUACCUACCCGAUUUACGAAACACUCGAGACGGUCGGCAUCCUGCAAAAAUCAAAGGCUCAGACCAUUGGCGACAAGGACGUCUCGGACAGAGAGAUGUUUUAUACUGCAGGAGAUGCUGGUAUCAUCAGGAUCUGGGAUCUACGAUCUGGAGAGCUGAUUGCCAAGCAGAAAGAGGAGCAGGGAAGCAAAUCAGGGAUCUCGGAUGUCUUGUAUAAUACGCAAUCGCAACAAUUGGUGUCAAUCACAAGCGAUCAGAACAUUUUGUUCUUCGAUAUCGAGAGCAACCUGAAGCGCGUGAAACAGAUUGUCGGUUACAACGACGAGAUUAUUGAUGUUGCCUAUAUCGGAGAGGAGGAGACACAUUUGGCAGUAGCUGCCAACAGCGAACAGAUCAGAGUCUUCAACUUGAAGGAAUUCGAGUGCGAUCUCAUCUAUGGACACUCAGAUAUUGUCAUUUGCCUGGACAGGAACUCGGAUGGAACACUUUUAGCAUCGGGCUCGAAGGAUAAUACGGCCAAGGUCUGGACCUUAGAUCUUGAGAACGAGGAUGCGGACGAGAGAUACAAGUGCAUAGGAACAUGUGUCGGCCAUACAGAGGCCAUCGGUGCUGUAGCCUUGACAAGGAAGACGGACGGACUCUUGUUGACAGGAUCUCAAGACAGGACAAUCAAGUGCUGGGAUCUGAGCACAGCCGAUCUGAAUGAGCCUAAUGAGGAGCACCGAUUCAAGUCCCACUACACUAUCCAGGCGCACGACAAGGACAUUAAUGCCAUCGCCAUCGCGCCAAACGACAAGGUUUUCGCUACCGGCUCGCAGGAUAAGCUGGCCAAGAUCUGGAAUCUCCAAGAAGGAACACUAAUGGGAACUUGCAAGGGCCAUAAGCGUGGUGUCUGGUCAGUCAAGUUCUCGCCAGUCGACCAAUGUUUGGCCACAAGCUCGGGCGACAGGACGAUCAAAAUUUGGUCCCUGAACGACUUCAGCUGUUUGCGGACGUUUGAAGGCCACACUAACUCGAUCCUCAAGGUCGAUUUCUUAACUUCGGGUCUUCAGUUGGUCUCUUGCGGAUCGGACGGAUUGGUCAAGCUAUGGACGAUCCGUACAAACGAGUGCGUGGCAACUCUCGAUAAUCAUACGGAAAAGAUUUGGGCACUCACGGUGCGCAAGGACGAGAAUAUGGUCGUGACGGGAGGUGCGGACUCGAUGAUCAACCUUUGGGAGGAUUUCACCGAGGUCGAGUACGCGGAAAAGAAACAGGCCAAGGCGGACCAGGUGCUCAAGGAACAGGAGCUGUCAAACUACCUUCAGCGCAAGGACUGGAAGAACGCCAUUACACUCGCGCUCUCUCUGGAGCAGCCCUUUAGGUUACUGCAGCUCUUCAACCAGAUCAUGCGUGAUCGUCCCGAGCACGACACAUCGAUCACUGGUCUGGUGGCUGUGGACAAGGUUCUAAAGGGUUUAUCAUUGGAGCAAAUUGCGAAGUUGCUGGGCUAUAUUCGUGACUGGAACACCCAUGCCAAGAACAUGCGUCCUGCUCAGACAGUACUACAUGCGAUUUUGAGGGAACGUAAGGUGCAGGAGAUGACCGAGGUGCCCGGUAUCAAGGACCUCUUGGAUGGUCUUUUGCCGUAUAGCGAGCGUCACUUCCAGAGAGUUGAGGCUUUGACAGUUCGGAGCUAUGUAGUCGAUUACACAGUUCAGGCGAUGGAUUUGAUGAGUAUGAUGGGCGAUAUGAACGACAUGGGGCUGCAGGGUGAUGAGAUGGAUGGCGAUGACGAACGUGUCAGCCUUCGGGCGCAAAGGAAAGCUGAGGAGGAGCGAAUGGCCAAGGAGAGGCACGAUGCCUUUGCGGCAGCCCGAAACGCAGCAGUAGAGGCGCCCAUGACCAAUGGAACCGCUGUCGUUGUUCAGGAGGACGAUGAGGAAGAGGAAGAAGCUGGAAAGGAAGGAAGCGAAAGCGGUGAUGAAGAUAGCGGUGGGGAGGACAAAGAGGAGCAGGAAGAGGACAGCGACGAAGACAUGGAAUAG